AUGGUCGACAAUAGCAAAUUGGAAAAGUAUAAAAGAAGACUUGACAUGCAACAUGGCUUUCACAAUUGUUCCAACAAAAUUUGGAUCUUGUGGAACAAUGAUAUCACUGUGGAUAUUAUCAUGGACAAGGAACAACACGUUCACUUCAAAGUCACUCACAAUAAUGGUCCGGGCUUUUUCCUUACUGUGGUCUAUGCUAAAUGCACUGAAGAUCUUAGAACGGAGCUAUGGUCAGACAUGAAAAACAUUUUGAACUAUAUCCAGGAGCCUUGGGGGGUCUUUAGAGACUUCAAUGUAAUCACCACAAGCGAUGAAAAGAAAGGUGGCAGAUGCUACAUAAUGGAGGAGAGUCUGGAUUUUAUUGAGUGCCUUAACGAAUGUGGGCUCCAAGAUGCGGGUUUCAUUGGAUCCAUCUUCACAUGGUGUGAUAAUAGAGACCCUCCGUCUACCAUUUGGAAGAGAUUAGAUAGGAUGGUCUAUAAUUCUGCCUGGUUUGAUACUUUAAAUGCUACUACUGUCACUCAUCUAUCUAGGGCAUGUUCUGACCAUGCCCCUCUUGUUGUCAAAAUCAAUAACGAAACCACUCAACAUAUCAAAUACUUCAAGUUCCUAAACUUCUGGACCGACCACCAUGAGUACAUUCAAACUGUUCAGAAUGCAUGGGAGGAAGAAGUCAUUGGAAACCCCAUAAACAUUCUUCAUCAGAAACUCAAAAGGACCAGCAAUUCUCCCAGCACCUGGUCAAGACAGACCUUUGGUGAUAUAUUUGAGGAACCUAAGAGACUUGAGGCCCAGCUAAGGAUUCUGGAGGAUAACUGUGUGAAGAACAACACACCUGACAACAGAUGUGAACUAUCAAGAUGCAAAGCUGAGUUUACUAGAUACCUCAAGAUCCAAAACUCUAUGCUAAGGCAAAAAGCUCGGAUCAAAUGGCUGGAUGAGGGUGAUUCUAAUACUGCGUACUUCCAUGGGAUUAUUAAAGACAACAGACGGAAACUUGCAAUCAGGAAAAUCAAGGAUGAUCAAAACCAAUGGCUGGAGGGAAAUGAUGCUGUUGUAGAAGGAGCUAUCAGAUUCUAUCAACAAUUGUUUACUCAAGACAAUCGAUAUGAUGAUUUUUCUUCCCUCAAUUGCCUAGAGAGAUGUAUCUUUGAUGAAGACAACUCCAUGCUCACCGACCUCCCGUCCCUUCAGGAAGCUAAAAAUAAUGUGUUUUCUAUUGAUGCAGAUAGUUCCCUAGGCCCAGAUGGCUUCAGUGGAUGUUUCUAUCAAAAGACAUGGCAAGUCAUUGGCCAUGAUGUUCAUAAGGUAGUAGCGGCUUUCUUUAAUGGAGCUACUCUCCCUAAAUUCUUCUCCCAUACGUGCCUUGUUAUGGUUCCUAAAGUGGAUCACCCACAAUAG